UAAAAACCGGCAAGCAGAAUGAAUUGAUGCUUAAGAUAUCCUGUUUUCCGGGUGUGAAAAUCAACCUGUAAAAUUGUCAUAGUGUUAAUAAAAGUGGUGAAUUAACAAUGUUCCUGGAUGCGUCACCGGUCGACGGAGCUGUAGGGCGACCGGUCGGGGCGAAAGUCGGCUCCGGCCUCACAGUGCGAACACGGCACAUAAUACCUCGCCACAGUCUCAUCUAAGCCACAGCUAUGCGCACAUCCUCCCCAUCAUAGCCGAAAAUUCCUCAUUCGCAUUCCAGACUCGCGACGCGGCGCGAAACUCAGUGCGAGAGAUCGCGAAUUUUCCCCCUAACAAUUUUUCCUUCGAACUUUUACGCGAACAUUUUUAUAGUUGCAGUCGGCGGCAAACGGGUAAAGUUGAGUGUUUGUGUCUGUAAAGUGUUUUGCUUACCGCUUCUGAGAUUUUUUGAUUUGUGUACCGUGUUACCGAAACAUUAUGUUGAUGUGAAGUGUGAUUUUUUGAUUUGUGCCCAAUUUUAUUUUGGAUUUUUUUCGCUCCGGAAUUUUUGGUGCGAUUCUGAAAUGUCGCAGUCGGACGUAACGACGCAGAGGGUGCAAUAAUCGGCAUAUUUUUUUACGCAAAUUUUCAUUUUAACAACGCCAUAAAACGAAGAUGCUGGGGUGUGCUCUUAGCGGAGUGACCUCGAUAUUUAACUACGCGAAGCAGAUUGACUUGAGCUCGGCAGCCGAUAGCCGGUGCUUAGACAAGUAAAUGAAGUAGUAAAUUAAGAAACUUUUGACAAUAUUUGGCCUUAUCUGAUAAAAAAUUAACUUAAAUUCUAACGCGAGUAAAGUAAGCUAGUCAGUUACGAGAGCGAGUUAGUUAGUUAGUUACCAAUAGGAAAAUACGUGUAAAAGCUAGGUUAGCGUGUUCUCAAGGGCCACCGUGGUGGUAUGCUUUAUAUUGCACCUUGUAUCGACUGCGCGCUGACUGGUCGCUACGUCACGUGGCUUCCCGGCGCGCGACUGCAGUGCUGGAUGAUACUAACUGUAUACACGUUACCACAGCUUGCCGUCUCUGCGAAGAUAUUGUGCCUCCUGAUGGUGGUGAUCUGCGGUGCGGUACCGUCGAUGGUUCGGUCGGUUCGCCUGUUCAACAAGUGCUCACACACGUUCGUCAACGUGUACCCAAACGGCACUGUUAUGGCCCGUUACGAUGGAAACGACCAACCGAAUCUCACUCUCAUCUCACGCGGCUCAAAUCUGGACCUGCUCAUCCACUCACCCAUCCACGACAUGUACCUGUGCUUCAACCGCUCCCGCUUGAUCGGCAGGCGAUUGUCGCGAUUUCAAGCAGAAAGACAACCAACCUGUUUAUUCAAAGAAGAAUUCGUAAACGGUUACAACCGUUACCACCUGGUGCGGAACGAAGACCGAUACAUAGGAUUCAACAGGAGAGGUGGCCAGAUGAGACGCGGGAAGAGCCAAAUCCCCCAGCGACAACAGGAGUGUUUUUCAUUCCUGAAAAUAGCUCCCGAAUUCAAUAUAGAAAUCCACAAUGAUAUCCUCGCCGGCAACAAGCCCCGGCGCAGGCCCCGGCCUCCGGCGCGGAACUCCCUGAAGCCCGCCUGUCGCGUGCGGCACCAUCACGGCAGGCAUCAGAGGCGGAGGCUCUGUGAGGGCACGUAGACCUCUCGUCUCAUCGUUUGCAGCUCAUUUACGCUUCAACGCUUCACGCGUUCCGUUGCCAGCUGUCGAUGGACCCUGUGAGUGGACAGAGUAUUAGUCAACUACCGCAGUAUUAUUACAGUGACGAGGACUGGAUAGCGUUAGGUGAGCGCUCGGCCGCGGCGUGUCAAACGUCGCAUGAAUGGUAGCUGAAGCGAGAGAGAGAGCAAACAUUUGAAUGGGGAGAAAAAGUCGAGCCGGGACGACGUUUGGAGCUGUGAAAUUCCUUAAGGUCGUGUAACAUUGUGGCGCGUUUGCUCUUCUGCCUGCGCUCAGACUCAUGCUCUAAAAGGAAAAAGUGUUCUGUAGAACGAGCAAAUAGUAGUCUCGCUAGUCACGAGUCUUCCGACAGACCACCGCUGAACUUUGAUGCCUGUGCGCGACGAGGAAGUAUGCGGUGCACCGUGCGUGCGCCGGAACAGAAUCCCUUUGAACGUUUCAGUUUACGAACCUCGAUUGCUCCGGCUGGCUCGCCAUAGUGUAGUUACAGCGCCUUUACGCCAAUUCUCAGUGUAUUAUUAUUUAAUGCUUUACUGUUAAUUUAGUACAGAUCGUGUUAUCUGCUUGUAAAUAUAAUAAACGUGUCUACUUAUUUAUCAAAAAUAAAAACCUUAAUCAAAAUUUGUAAGCGUAGAUGUUAGUGUAAAGUUGUAUUAAAAUGUUUUGUAUUUAAUAAUCCGACCAACUGCUCUCUUGUGAUUAGCCACAGUCGAUAAUGUUCGUAUGACCUAGAUUUUUUCUGCCUCUACCAAAACACCUUCCUUAAUGUUUUUGUUUCGGAUUAAACUUUGUGGAUUAAUGUAUGAUUUUGAGCGGUUAUGUACAUAUUAUUUUUAAGUGUUUGUCUGAGAGUGAUAGGUUUCGAAUCUCUUCUCGUCCUUAUUCUAACUUCUCGAUGUAAAACGGUGUCUUGAUUAUUUAUUUGAAAAAUAAAUUUAGACAAUAUAGGUAAA